CUUAGUUAGGUCUUUAGUAUGUGAAAUGAGCAUGGUACUAGCUGUUGUGUGAACAAGGAGACAGUGGGACAGCGACAGAAAAGCCUGACCGUAUCGUCUAAGGGGAUAUUCUAUUUACACUAGUCCUUGACUACCGAUGAUCUUUCUUCUCCAUUCCUCUUUUACAAGACGGACGGAUGUAAUUGUCCAUUCCAAGGAAAGUAUUUUGAAAGGACAGAAGAUUGGGUCAAGGAAUGUUGACAUUUGAGAGAAUUCUUCUGUAAAGACAAUCAUUUGAUGACAAUCAUGAGACCCGUGCUACUGUUGGUAUAUUUGGAUUAAAACAGACCGAGUACUUAUGCUUGAUUAUUGAUUUGUGCAUCAUAUGUUGUUUUCAUAAAUGUAUUUCUACUUACAACAACACGUUCCCUGCCAUCGCCCGAACUCUGCGCCGCCCGGAUCCAGAUGAACAAUUCUCCCCGUGGAUCUGACGCGCAUUUACGCAGUCCGUCCCCUGAGCGCAACGGUAACGACCGUUGUAAUUCACUCCCGAGAGGAACUAAAAUACAGCUGGUUUCCGUACCUUCUCCCUCAGAUCCAACACGCCAGGCUAGAAGGCUGCCUAUUCGGAUUCUAAAGAUGUUGAGCGCACACAGUAGCAUCUUGCUACACCCAGAGUAUCUCCAACCCCUGACGUCCGCGCCAGUAAGCAUUGAGCUGGAUGCUAAGAAGAGUCCUCUGGCCCUGCUCGCUCAGACCUGCUCACAGAUCGGCAAACCAGACCCCCCCUCCUCAUCCAAGCUGGGCUCCCUCUCCUCCAUCAGCCUCAGUGACAAGGAGCCAUCCGGACGCUCCUCUAGCUCUGGCCACAAGUCUGGAGACCAGCACCAGUCCGUGGAGGAUAAGUCCAGCUUCAAGCCUUACAACAAGGCCGGAGGGGAAUGCCGCAAGGAUGGGUUGGUGACCAAGGGUGCUACAGACAAAGCUGGUUUCAGGGUGCCCAGUGGUGGAUCCGGGAGCAGUGGCUCUUGCCCGUCCUUCCCCCCACACUCCACCUCUCCCAGCUCCACCUCCCCUCCCCUGCACUCCCAGGGCCAGUCCCACAGACAGACCCAGCCCCCCUCCACACAGCAGCAGACAUCACACUCUCAGGCCCUGCACAUAGACAACAAGCCUGUGAGCUCGGACCAGGCCAGCUCAGACAGCAGCACAGGGAAAAAAGAUUCUGAUCACAGUAAGGAGAAGCUGGACGGGGCCCAGCUAGCUAACUCCAGUCACAUGCGGGCUAGCGCCAACUCCAGCAAUGCCAGCUCCGCUAGCAGCCCGCGGCCGGAGAGCAAGGCUGACCCACAGUCCUCUCAGUCUGGGCUAGGCUCCGGACACAUCGCCCCUGUCUCUCCCUUCAAACCAGGCCAUUCAGUCUACCCCAUGCCCCCCGCCUCCAUGGGUUACCAUGGCUCCAUAGUGGGCGCCUAUGCAGGCUACCCAUCUCAGUUCAUGGAUCAUACCAAGUCUAGUCUAGGGAUGGGGAUCCCAGGAAAGCACCCCAGCUCCAGCCCCCUCACUGGGGCCUCACCUCCUUCCCUCAUGCAGGGUCUAUGCAGGGACCCGUACUGUCUGACUUACCCCAACCACCCCCAUCUAGGGGGCAGCAACUGCAAUACAUGUGUCCAUGACCCCUCUUCUCUAAAAUCAGGUUACCAAAUCAUGUACCCAUCACACCACCUUCACUCCCUCCAUCCCAGCUCUCUAUCCUCCACCACCCCCACCCUGUCCCACCCGCUCUACACUUACGGCUACAUGCUGCAGAACGAGCCCCAGCCACACGCCUGUAACUGGGUGUCAGUAGGAGGGCCGUGUGACAAACGUUUCUCCACAUCAGAGGAGCUGCUGGCCCACCUGCGUACUCACACGGCGCUACCUGGUGGGCUGGACAGUAAGCCCCUCUCUGCCUACCCCUCCUCAGCCGCCUCCUGCCACCUCCACCUUCCCCAGCCCGGCAGCCCCGGCACCCUGCCCAGCUCCUUCUCCCUGCGGGGGUCACCUGGCCUGAGCCUGGCUCGCUACCACCCCUACAGCAAGGCCCACCUGCCCGGAGCCCCAGGCCUGCCCAUGCACUCACUGCAGGCGUCCUCGCCCUACUACUCCCCCUAUGCCAUCUACAGCCAGAGACUAGGCUCAGCCUCCACCUUGGGCUACCAGUGAUGUCUGAGGACACAAAGACAACAGAACAGGCACAAGCUGGACACCUCAGAUAUGCACAGUGGAUGGAUGGACCAGGCCCCGUCUGGACAGGAGGGGUCAUCGCCAGUCGCCGGAACAAGGGGGCUUUACCCUGCCUGCCUGGAAUACCACCUGUUAGCCACAGGAUUCUGAAUGGCAUUUCAAUGGCAAGACCCAGUGGUGAUGGCUGGCCAGCAGUACAGGCCCAGAGACAUUGGUGUUUGGGCCAGACACCUGCCUGGGAACAGAAAGGAGCUUGAAUUUGAUUGGAUGAGAUUGUGGGAUUUCGGAUUGGUUUUUGAUUUUAGAUUUUUUUCUUUCGCUCCCUCCCAGGACUGAAAACAUGUAUUUAUUUUUCACUUGAGCGCUUGGCAUUCAAACUUGGGGGAAGUUUACUAUCCAAAUUAAUUGUUCAUAAGUAUUCUAAUUGGGAAAAAAAUAUUUUAAUUAUAUUAUUAUUAUGCCUAUCAUACACUCUUUAAAUAAAGUUUUUCACCAUGGCAAAGAUGGACUGUGUUUUUUUUCUGGAGGAAUAAGCCUAAAUUUGUUCUUUGCUUCUGUAUCUUUCCAUCUCUGCUGUUUGUUUUCUUCUACUAUUCAGACUGAUGGAAAAUGUAAUGUCACGAUGAUAAAGUCAUUGCCAUUUAUUUAGUAUUUGUACAUAAGCAAAGAUGCAAACAAUUUUCAAGUGUUAUCGAGUCAGCCCGUUGGGGUUGCUCACUGUAAUUGAAAGAGGAUGAGAUUAAUUCAAACAAAAUAAUAACACAACGAUGGCAGUGCUACCCUUCUGACAGGGAAAGGUCUUAUUUUGUUAAAAAAUUAUACUUGAUUGCAUUUAAAGUUGUUUAUUGAAAUGCUUAUAUAGUGUCAUAACUUAUGACACUAUAUAACUAGUUUUCAUUAUGGCUAUAAGGGGGUCAUUUAUCAUUUUGCUAAAUUGUACUAAAUUAUUUUAGUAAACAAUUUAACUAUU